AUGGCUUCUUUACGUGCCGUCAACGAGACUGCUGCUGCUGCAGCUGCUGCACCCUCAGCAGCAGCAGAAGAAUCCGCAGCAGCAGCAGCAGCAGCAGCAGGUGCCGCAAACCUGUCGGCUUCUGCUGUUCAGAGCCUUAAAGACGAAGGCAAUCGCCUCUUUAAGGAGGGAGACUUCGCUGGAGCGAGUGAAGCUUACACGCGCAUGAUUGAAGCAUGCAAAGCAGCAGAAGCAGCAGCAGCAACAGCAGCAGCAGCAGCAGGGUCAAAGGUAGCAGGGGGAACCUCUAGCUCCUCAGCAGCAAACUUUGCGGAAGAUGUGCAGCUUAAGGAGCUGCUGGCUGCUGCCUAUUGCAAUCGUUCAAUGUGUCGCUUAAAGCAGCAAGAUGCUUCUGGUGCAGCAGCAGACAGCAGCGCUGCUCUCUUGCUGCAGCCUAACUACAACAAGGCUUUGUAUAGAAAGGCAUUGGCUUUGAAGCUGCUAGGAGACCUUGAGGGUGCAGGGAGAUCGGUGCGGCUGCUGCUGCAGCAAGAGCCUUCUAAUAAAGACGCGGGGCUGCUGCUGCAGCAGCUGCGGGAGGCGCAGCAGCAGCAGCAGCAGCAGCUCGCCCACAGCAGCAUGCCUUCUACUCUGCUUGAAAUAGCUAUGAACCCUCAAGAGACAGACAGCCGCAGAGUUAAGGCAUUGAGGGACAUAGGGAGAUUAGCACAAGAGAGACACACGCUGCACGAAGCCCUAGGGAAGCAGGGUUUGCUGCAGCAGCUAGCUCUCUUCUUGAAGCAGCAAAACGCAAAGAAGAGCCCCGCAGCAAACGCCGAUGCAGCAGGAGAUACAGCAGCAGCAGCAACUAGUGCUGCUGCUGCUGCUGCUCCCGCUGUAGUGGAGGCAGCAGGUUGGGAGUUGGUCUCGUCUCUGGUGCACUUCAGCCCGUUAGGCGUCUCCGAGAGCAGCAGCAGCAGCAGCGGGGAUAAGGUGCUGCUGCACUUGAACGAGCCGUUAGCUAUACCUGAGCGCAUGCGUCUCUGUCGCGAGGCUGUGCGGCGCUGCUGGACAUCUGAAGAUUUGCUGCAGGCAUUUAGAAGGCUAAAGAGACAGGGCUUCUUACCUCCUCCACCUGAUAGAUUUGCUGCUGUCUUGCCCCCUCCCCCACCCAGCAGCAGCAGCAGCAGCAGCAGCAGCGAGAGCAGCAGCAGCAUAGGAGAUGCGCACUGGCGGGCUCUAAGUGCGGUGUAUUUGCUGCGCGUGCUUGGAAGUUUAAAACAAACUGAAGCAGAUGCAUUUGAACAUGAUGUCUCCUUUUUAGAGACAGUCUCCUCAGCAUUAGAUUGCUACGAUGUUCCUGCUGUAGCAGCAGCAGCACUGCAUGCAAUUGCUGCUGCAGCAGACGCAAGGAGACGCCUAGGUCUUAAAGCAAAGGCCUUAGCGCUAAGACACGGGAUAGAGCGAUGCCUUGAAGCAGCUCUGGGGCUCUUGUCUGCAGCAGCAGACUCCAGCAACAGCAGCAGCAGCAGCAGCAGCAGCAGCAGCAGGGGUGUGGGGGAAGAGCAGGGCGCACUGCAGCGGAGUGUGGAGGUUGGUGUUGUUUCUCUUUUGCGUCUGUUAGGAGACAAAGAAAGAUCUGAAGCAGACAGCGUAGAUAUGCAGCGGUUAAUAGACCAGCUGCUGUCUCCUUUCUUAUCUUGCUGCUGCAGCAAAGACCCAAGCAAGCAGGCAGAUGCUACUGUAGGCCUUCAAGCUCUUUUGUUUCUGAUGAAUGCAGAUAGAGAGAGUGCGAGAGACUUUAUUUUGCAGGGCUCUUUGCUGCCGCACAUACUUGCAGCAGCAGUAGGAGAAGCAGCAGCAGCAGCAGGGCUAGCAGGGACAAAGCAGCAGCAGCAGCAGCAGCAAGUGGGUGCUGCGCUGCUGGUGCAAUGCCUUGAUUUUGUUGAACUCAGGCAUAAACUCCUAGAAGACAAGGGACAGGGGCUGCUGCUGCUGCUGCUGCAGCAGCAGCAGCAGACCGUUUCACCUCUCCUCCGUUGUAAGAUUGCUGUUGCUAUCGCACGUGUUUGCUGCCAUAGUGCAGAACUUAGAGAGACGCUGCUGCAGCAGGUUGACUUCAUCGCUUUGCUGCAGGAGUUCCUUCUUUUGCUUCACCCUCAGCAGCAGCAAAAGCAGCAGCAGCAAAAGCAGCAGCAGCAGCAGCAGCAAAAGCAGGUAGACGAGGAGUUGGGUUUAUGUAUAUUGGAGUUAUUUUUCUUCUUAAGUUUGCAUGGAGAGUUCAAAGAAAGGUUGAGACAACUAACAGCAAAACAAAUAAAAGAACAGAGACAGGAGGGGCAGCAAGAUUUGCUUCGAUCCCUUUUAGACUUAGGUUUACAAUUCUGCAGCAGCAGCAGCAGCAGCAACAGCAGCAGCAGCAGCAGAAGCAGCAGAAGCAGCAGUUUACCUCGUUAUUUGAUUUGUGGGGCCCUGUGCAACUUGCUGCAAUCUAAAGAAGAUAAGAAGAGGUGGGCGAGGUCAGGCAGGGGUAAGGAGACAGCAGAAUUAAGCGAGCCUCAGCUAGAAGAGCUCGAGGCCUUUUAUGAGCAGCUUCCAGCAGAAGCAAAGCCUGUACAGAAUGGGGAGAUAGAUUUAGGCGAGGAGACAUGUGCUGCAGAGCUACGCCGUUUGCUGCUGCAGCAAGGAGGUGUUAAGCUGCUUGUUGCUGCUUGCUGCAAUAAACCCCUACCGUCUCCUAAUGUCUUUCAUGCAGCAGGCAGAGUUUUUUGUUUAUUAUCAAAGCAUACAGACUUAAGAGGGUUGAUGGUUCAGCAAGGAGCAGUAAAGGCGUUGCUGUCUGCUUUGGGGUGUCUAGGGAGGUCUGCUGGAGCAGAUGUACGAGAUUUGCAGCAAGCUGCUGCUCAGUUAUGUAUAUCUAUUAAUCCUUCUUUGCUGCAGUAUAAUGAAGCAUUAGACCUUGUUCCUGCUCUUCUACCUCUGCUAAAAGAUGCACACGAGCUGCUGCAGUAUGAAGGUGCAUUAGCUUUAACAAAUCUUCUUGCGGUAGGUGAAGAUGUAAGGGUACGUGCAUUUGCUGCUGGGGCUUGGGGGUCUCUAAGAGAGCUCUUAUUCAGCGACAACGAUUUGCUGCGUGCAGCAGGUAUUGAGGGGUGGUGUAAUUUGGCUAGUAGCGAAAGAGUAAGGAGACAGAUUGGAGACACUACAAAGAACAAUACGAAUGUGCAGGACUUGAGGCUUCUUCUUGCUUUCUGUUUAGAGACAAACAAUACACGUGCACAGACAGCAGCAGCAGGAGCUCUAGCGGGCAGCUGA